AAAGAGUUGACAUCUGGCGUCUACGAGCCAAUCUUUCUUUUGCUCCCUCCACUCAUUGUCUUCUGUGUUUGUUUGAUGACGAAGAGGCAAAAUUUACUUACUUUAUUACUCUACAAGAGGAAAGAAAAAUAUAUGCGCCUCAAAGAUACCUUUUUCUGAGUGAACGCAACAGGUUUUUAUACUAAAAUAUGGAUAAUGAUAUAACCCAUUUGGUGGGGAAAUGCAGUCAUUGCGAUAAUCGAUGGAAUAUAUUCGAUCUCGAGUUGGCCGCAGAAAUCGGUAAAAACCUACUGGAGAGGAACAAGGAAUUGGAGAUAUUACUCAAAUCAUCGCAUCAGUUUUCCGAGGAACAAGCUCUUAAAAAUGAGUUUUUAAGCAAGCAGUUGGAAACUUUACGCGAGGUAAACGAGAACAGACUGAAAGCAUUUGAGCAAAUGGAAAUGACUGCCAUGGAGUUACAGAAAGCGAACAUGAAGCUGCAAAACGAAACCAGCUCCAUGAAAAAGCGGUACAAAGACCUGGCGGAAAUGGUGGAGAACCUCGACACAAAAUGCGAGGAUUACAGGGUCGAGAUCGAAGAGCUUCAGAGGGAACGAACGAGACUGCAGAAGGAAUUGUCCGUGGCUUUGGCAAUUAAACUGGAAGAACAGACAGAGGAGAAAGAAACGAGCGAUGAAAACGCUAGACGGUCAUCAGUCAAAGAUGAAGAUACCGAUGAGAAAGAGAGAGAACUGGAGUUACUCAAUGAAAAAAUAUCUAAUCUUAAGGUUCAGCAUUCUGUUGAGACUCGAAAGCGGGAGGAAUUAGAAUACGAAUUGUCGGAGCUAAUUCGCGAAAACCAGCAUCUGGAAAGUCAACUUCGUGAGUUUGCGAAGCAAGCCGAGGAAUGGAGACUCGCAGCAUCAGAAGCCUCGCUUCCCGAGCGUGCAAUCGAUAUCUUGUUGGACGGAGGCGAGGAUCACAAUGCCAGUCGCGAUGAUGAGCCGGAGGAUGAUUCGUUUGUUGUCGUAGAGGACGAGGAGCUUUCUCGGCAGACGAGUUUGGCUUCUGAUCACAGCGCCGUUGUCGUUUUAAGCCCGAGUGAAGAACGGCUUUCGGUUAUGCGAGAUCACAGCACGUCAUUCUUUUCCGAGCUCGAUAACCAGUACCACGAACUUGUACGGAAAUACGAUGCACUGUUGGAUAAGUGUAAAUAUGGGGGACUCGGUACUGGCUCGGCUAUUCCGAUGGUGCAACGAGCAGUCCAAGUUAGUCCGAUGUGUGAUCAACCACCAUCAACAUUUGACAAUAACGCGAAAACAUCACACGGAUUUAAGAAAAUGUUUAAAGAUAUUUACAACAAAAUAGAGGAUACGAAAAACUUUAGACCAAGUAGACCCGGAACCCCGGAAGGCAAACUAUUACAGGGAUAACUUCAAUAGAAAAGACAAUAAAAUUGCUGAUUCGCUUGACUCCAUAUAACGUGGUUCCUAAAUUAACAAUGAAAAAAUCGCAUUCUGAACUGAGUUGAUUAAUAAGACCAAUUUGGUUUAAUAAAAAGCACACAAUGCUUAUUACUUAGCAAUGAAAUAAUCAAUGGUAUCAAAAACCUUA